AUGUAUACAAUCAGAUUCACCUACAAAAUGGAAUCUAAAAACCAAACAGGUGUUUCAGAAUUCUUUCUUAUGGGAAUAACAGAUGAUCUCACACUGCAACCCCUCAUCUUCAGCCUGUUUACCUCCAUGUACCUGAUUACCAUCUUAGCAAAUGUGCUCAUCAUUCUGACUGUCAGCUCUGAUUCCCAUCUCCAAACACCCAUGUAUAUUUUUCUCUCCAAUUUGUCCUUUAAUGACAUCUGCUUAAGCACAACUAUCAUUCCAAAGAUGUUGGUGAACAUUCAGACACAGGAUCAGAGCAUCACAUACACAGGCUGUCUCACUCAAAUCUGUUUUAUCUUGCUGUUUUGUAGUUUGGAAAGUUGUCUUCUUUCAGCAAUGUCAUAUGACCGCUAUGUAGCCAUAUGUCAUCCCUUGACCUACACAACAAUCAUGAAUCCUCAAACCUGUGGUCUGCUGAUUCUACUUUCUCUUAUCAUUAGCCUUGUGAACACUGGACUGCUCGGUCUGAUGGUGUUGCGGUUGUCCUUUUGCACAGACCUAGAUAUCCCUCUAUUUUUCUGUGAACUAGCCCAAGUCAUCAAGCUAGCCUGCUCUGACACCCUUAUCAAUUAUGUUCUGAUAUAUCUUGCAACAAUCAUACUUAAUGGCAUUCCAGUCUCUGGAAUAAUUUUCUCUUAUACUCAAAUUGUUUCUUCUGUUUUGAGAAUAUCCUCCAUGAAAGGAAGGUAUAAAGCCUUCUCUACCUGUGGUGCUCACCUGGCAGUGGUUUCCUUAUUCUAUGGUACAGCAUUGGGUGUUUAUAUCAGCUCUUCAUUCACCAGUUCAGUCACAAAUACUGCAUUGGCUUAUGUGAUGUGCACAUUGGUCCCUCAAAUGUUGAAUCCCUUUAUAUAUAGCUUGAGGAAUAAAGACAUUAAUGUAGCCUUGAGGAAACACAUUAGUACAGCAAUGUGUCUUCUCUGA